AUGCAGUCCACGGUCAAAAGGCUUACCGACGUUGAUCAAGAGCUUUCCAGGACGAUCGAAUCAUUAGUCCGGCAAUACCAUGAUCAGCUGAGUGAACAAGUCAUUCUCGACAAGCUUCGUUUUCCUGAUAAUAUGCAUGAAAGAUUUGAUACCAUUCCCGAUGCUCAUGUAGAAACAUUAAAAUGGCUAUUUGGCCAUGAUGACAGUGGCGACGACCCUAGAGUGGAAGCUUCGAAGGCUUUCAUAACGUGGCUCCAACAAGGGAGCGGUUUCUUCCACAUUUCUGGGAAAGUGGGUGCCGGCAAGUUCACUAUGAUGAAGUACAUUUGCUCGCAUAAGGACUUGGAUGAGCAUCUGAAAGUCUGGUGUAAAGGUACUCAGCUAGCUCGUGGCCAAUUUUUCUUCUGGAAGCCUGGCACUACCGCGCAAAAGAGUCUGAAAGGUCUUCUCCGUGGACUCUUACACUCGAUACUCGACAAAACCCGCGAUCUUAUCCUAAUAGCAAUGCUUGAGCGCUGGAAACUGAUCACCGCCAAUUUCACGUUCAGCAGAGAACUGGACUAUCGUGAUUUUCAAGACGGAUUUGAUAACAUUCUCGAACACGCUGGUAACUCCGGCCUAUACAAGAUUGCGCUGUUUAUAGAUGGGCUUGAUGAAUUCGAGGGCCGGUUUGCCUAA